AAAAGAGGAGAGUGAAAUUUCAUCCGAUACGUUCAAGUCGAGUCGUCUGUCUUGCUACAGAUUUCUUUCUUCUGAUCCAAGCUUCUAUAAAACCCUAAAUCGGGUCGAUUGGGGUUUCGUCUGGGCAUUGGACUCGUGGUGUUUCUGCAGGUAUGUCGACGCAAAAGCCUACGAGAACGCCUGCGGAAAUCGAGGAUAUCAUCCUCCGGAAGAUAUUCCUUGUGUCGCUGGUCGAUUCUAUGGAGAGCGACUCCCGAGUCGUGUAUCUGGAGAUGACCGCAGCCGAGAUUUUGAGCGAGGGGAAGGAGCUCAAGGUGUCACGAGAGAAUUUAGAGAGGAUCAUAAUUGAUCGUCUGUCCGGGAACUUCCCGGCUGCGGAGCCACCAUUUCAGUACUUAAUCAAUUGCUAUCGCCGCGCGUACGAUGAAGGGAGGAAAAUCACUUCAAUGAAGGAUAAGAACGUGAGGUCAGAGAUGGAGACUGUAGUGAAACAAGCCAAGAAAUUGGCAGUUUCGUACUGUAGGAUUCAUUUGGGGAAUCCUGAUAUGUUUCCUAAUGGAGACGCGAACAAAUCAAAUGUUUCUCCAUUGCAGCCGCUAAUAUUUUCUGAGGUUGGAACUAGCCUUGAUGCCUUUGGAGGUAGCAGUAGUGGAGUUUCAUGCCCCCCGGGUUUUCUCGACGAAUUCUUUACGGAUGCCGAUUACGAUACAUUGGAACCAAUUUCGAAACAGCUGUACGAGGACUUAAGAGGCAGUGUGUUGAAGGUGUCCGCAUUGGGGAAUUUUCAGCAACCAUUAAGGGCAUUGUUGCUGAUGGUGAAGUAUCCUGUGGGAGCCCAGGCAUUGGUGAAUCAUCCGUGGUGGAUUCCAAAGGGUGUAUAUUUGAAUGGUAGAGUGAUUGAGAUGACUAGUAUAUUGGGGCCCUUUUUUCAUGUCAGCGCAUUGCCUGAUCAUGUUAUAUUCAAGAGUGAACCGGACAUUGGACAACAGUGCUUCUCAGAAGCAUCUACCCGACGGCCAGCUGAUCUUUUGUCAUCCUUUACAACUAUCAAAACAGUUCUGAACAAUUUGUAUGAUGGGUUGUCUGAAGUUCUUAUGUGUCUCCUAAAAAACACAAGUACUCGAGAGAAUGUGCUCGAGUACCUUGCAGAAGUCAUCAACAGGAAUUCUUCAAGGGCACAUUUGCAUGUUGACCCAUUGUCUUGUGCUAGUUCUGGCAUGUUCAUAAAUCUCAGUGCCGUGAUGCUACAUCUCUGUGAGCCGUUCUUGGAUGCUAAUUUGACAAAAAGGGACAAAAUUGAUCCUAACUAUGUAUUUUAUUCAAAUCGCCUGGAGCUGAGAGGACUCACUGCUCUACAUGCUUCAUCAGAAGAAGUAUCUGAAUGGUUUAACAUUAACACUACAAAUGCUGAUACCUUAUCAAAUAAUAGUGAUGUACAAAACCGACUGCUACAAUCACAGAGUGCGACAAGUUCUAGCAGUAAUGCUAGUGAAUCAUCUCCCCUGCAAACUAGUAAUCCAGUUACCAAAAGGAAUGAAAAAGCCAAAUAUCCAUUCAUAUGCGAAUGCUUUUUUAUGACAGCCAGGGUUCUUAACUUGGGCUUGCUAAAAGCAUUUUCAGACUUCAAACAGCUUGUUCAGGAUAUUUCUAGAUGUGAAGAUGCUUUAUCUUCAUUCAAAGCCAUGCAAGAUCAAACUCCUACUCCACAAUUGCAGCAAGAUAUAUCCCGCCUUGAAAAAGAAAUCGAUCUUUACACACAGGAUAAAUUAUGCUAUGAAGCGCAAAUUCUGCGGGAUGAGGGGAUUCUUCAGCGGGCAUUAUCUUACUAUCGCUUAAUGAUAGUUUGGCUAGUGGGGCUUGUAGGGGGGUUUACAAUGCCGCUGCCGCCAUCAUGCCCAAAGGAAUUUGCUUCUAUGCCAGAACAUUUUGUGGAAGAUGCAAUGGAGUUGCUAAUUUUUGCUUCACGGAUUCCUAGAGCUUUAGAUGGGGUUAUACUGGAUGAUUUUAUGAACUUCAUCAUCAUGUUCAUGGCAAGUCCUGAAUAUGUUAGAAAUCCGUAUCUGAGAGCCAAAAUGGUUGAAGUCCUCAAUUGUUGGAUGCCACGGAGGAGUGGUUCAAAAGCGACAGAAACAUUAUUUGAAGGGCAUCAACUAUCCCUUGAGUAUUUAGUGAGGAAUCUUCUGAAGCUUUAUGUGGAUAUUGAAUUUACUGGUUCCCAUACACAGUUUUAUGACAAGUUUAACAUCCGUCACAACAUUGCGGAACUCCUUGAGUAUUUAUGGCAGGUUCCUAGUCAUCGUAAUGUCUGGAGGAAGAUAGCAAAGGAGGAGGAAAAGGGCGUCUAUCUGAACUUCUUGAACUUUUUAAUUAAUGAUAGCAUCUAUCUGUUGGAUGAAAGUCUUAACAAAAUUCUUGAACUAAAAGAACUGGAAGCGGAGAUGUCUAAUACUGUGGAAUGGGAAAGAAGACCUGCACAAGAAAGGCAGGAGAGAACUCGGUUGUUCCACUCUCAGGAGAAUAUUAUUAGAAUUGAUAUGAAAUUGGCCAGUGAAGAUAUAAGCAUGCUGUCAUUUACUACAGAGCAGAUCACCGCCCCCUUUCUACUUCCAGAGAUGGUUGAAAGAGUUGCGAGCAUGCUGAACUAUUUUUUGUUGCAACUUGUCGGACCCCAAAGGAAGUCCCUUACCUUGAAAGACCCUGAAAAGUAUGAAUUCAGACCAAAAAUGUUACUAAAGCAGAUCGUUAAUAUUUAUGUCAACCUAGCCAGAGGAGACAAGGAUAAUGUAUUCCCAGCAGCCAUCACAAAGGAUGGUCGAUCUUACAAUGAGCAGCUAUUUGGUGCUGCUGCUGAUGUAUUGAGGAGAAUUGGUGAAGAUGGCAGGAUCAUACAAGAGUUUGUAGAACUUGGAGCAAAAGCCAAAAUUGCUGCAACUGAGGCAAUGGAUGCAGAGGCCACUCUUGGAGACAUUCCAGAGGAAUUCCUAGACCCAAUCCAAUACACUAUAAUGAAGGAUCCAGUCCUCCUACCUUCGUCAAAGGUCAUCGUGGACAGACCCGUCAUCCAAAGGCAUCUUUUAAGUGAUAGUACGGAUCCAUUUAAUCGGUCUCACCUCACCACGGACAUGUUAAUACCUGCCGUGGAUUUGAAGGCUAAAAUCGAUGAGUUCGUCAAGUCCCAGCAGUUGAAAAAGAGUGGGGAUUGCUUGAGCAUGCAAAGCACCAAAGACACAAUACAGACUACUGACACUACGACCUUGAUCGAGUAGAAAACAUGUCAAAACAAUACCCCAAUCUUUGUAAAUUGAAACAAAACCCUAGAUUGCACACUGGCACAUUAAGCUAUGGAUUCGUUCUGUUACAAAUGCUAUUGCAUUCA